UUGGGAUCGGUGAGUGAACUCGGUAUGUUGAUAAAUAAUUUGUCGUCGGUGGAAGAGAUGUUAUCAGUGUCAAGGAAACAUGCUCAUAUGGCAUCAAUUUUUGAACUGGUAUGCGGUGAGGUUCGCCUUUUGAGACUUCUGCUUGAGGUACAACUUGCCCUCAUUCGAUCUCAGUUUCUGCCGUCAUUGUUGAAGUUGAAAGAAGUUUGUGAUCGAAUGCGGCAGUGGUUCAAUUCAAUUGCUUACACAAAAUCGAAAUCAAAAUCAUCAACUUCGUUCUUCAGAUUCGCGUCUUCGACUCGUAACUCAUCAUUACAGUUAUGUGAAUGGCUGGAGCAUUUCUAUUGGUUAUUACUAUCGAAAUUUUCGUUAUAUUUUCAUGACUCAUUGGUUAUGCAGUGUACAUCAAGUGAUGCCGAACAUACUGUCAAUGCACUCAAAUCACCGAACUUCAUUCACUCCUUCUAUAACUUUCAUCGUAAAUAUGAUCCCACUUUUAUUGCGCUCAUUCUCAACAAAACCAGUUCACCUGAUACCGCUACGACGGAUAUUGGUUACGAUAUAAGGAUGUUAAAUGAAGUACACAAAGAUGGUGAAUUAAAGAAUAAAUUUCCUAUUCUGUUUCGAAUUGGUAAUGAUAAGAAUGAAUUCGAGCGAUUGUUUCCGUCGAUCUCAGUAUUAAUUCAGGAUGUUUCCGACUCGAAUAUGUCGAACGAUCGUAUUAAAUAUUGUUAUGAUAUUCAUCUUUUGAGGACGUUUUUUGUUCUCCUCGUUGAGUAUAAUAUUUACAUGGUACUGGUCUUCUCGAGAAAAGUGGCCGAGCGUGACAGUGCGGUAGUGAAUUUUAUGCUGGAAAAUGGUGCUUUGUUAAGAUGUGCGAAAGCUUGUCAAUCGUUACGAGGCAUUAAAUAA